CACCUUGGAAGUGAUUCGUCGCAGAACCUUGUGUAGCAGAUUCCUUCUGACUCUGAGCCCUUUUUCCACGUUCAAAAGAGAGAUCCGGCUAUCAGACUGGCGCAUUCAGUGGGUCUGGUGACCCGGGAACGUCUCUUCCGAUACGGCAGUAGGGUUGCCAUUGAAAGGAAGAUCUUCUUUCUUAUUUUUAUAGGAGCUACGGAAUCUGAAUACUCAGGGACCCCUCCCCCACUGCUUUAAAGGAUCACCCCAAAGUGCAGAUCCACGGAAUUAAAUUUCAAGGGCUCCCGUGUCUGACCUUCAAAGGAAUCCCCCACCCGGCGUCCCUAGCGCUGGUUUUAGGACACACUAAAAUCUACCGACCUCUUAUCCCGUUUCAGCUCUUGGAUUUAAUACCUGAAAUGUUGAACUCCCAGAACUUGUUCACCAACCCCCCAUCCCAAAACCAACCUCCUAUACAACAGCAGCAACAGUUCCCAGUAAAAUCUACGCUACAAAUUAAGAAGAAUGCUAUUACCGACGACUAUAAGGUGACCAACCAAGUACUGGGAUUGGGAAUCAAUGGGAAAGUGUUGGAGAUCUUCAGCAAGAAGAGUGGGGACAAGUUUGCUCUGAAGAUGUUACAGGACUGUCCGAAGGCACGCAGGGAGGUGGAGUUGCACUGGCGGGCCUCUCAGUGCUCGCAUAUCGUAAAGAUAAUAGAUGUCUAUGAGAAUCUCUACCAGUCCCGGAAGUGCCUCCUUAUAAUAAUGGAAUGCCUUGAUGGUGGUGAACUCUUCAGCAGAAUCCAAGACAGAGGGGACCAGGCAUUUACAGAGAGAGAGGCUUCAGAUAUAAUGAAAAGCAUUGGGGAAGCGAUCCAAUAUUUACACUCUAUCAAUAUUGCACACAGAGAUGUUAAGCCAGAAAAUCUCCUGUACACAUCAAAAAGACCUAACACUGUGCUAAAGCUUACAGAUUUCGGCUUUGCCAAAGAAACAACAUCUCACAACUCCCUAGCAACACCAUGUUACACCCCUUAUUAUGUAGCACCAGAGGUUCUGGGACCAGAGAAAUACGACAAAUCAUGUGACAUGUGGUCACUUGGUGUAAUUAUGUAUAUUCUGCUCUGUGGAUACCCACCUUUUUACUCAAACCAUGGCUUGGCUAUCUCUCCUGGAAUGAAAAAACGCAUCCGCAUGGGCCAGUACGAGUUCCCCAAUCCAGAAUGGUCUGAAGUAUCAGAUGAAGUGAAACAGUUGAUAAGAAAUCUCCUAAAGACAGAUCCAACACAGAGGAUGACGAUCACAGAGUUCAUGAACCACCCUUGGAUAAUACAGUCAAUGCAGGUGCCACCAACACCUCUUCACACUAGCCGGGUUCUCAAGGAAGAAAAGGACUUAUGGGAAGAUGUUAAGGAGGAGAUGACAAGUGCCUUGGCCACGAUGAGAGUGGAUUAUGAGCAGAUUAAGAUUAAAAAGAUUGAAGAUUCCUCUAAUCCACUCCUCCAGAAGAGGCGAAAGAAAAUCAGCCCACACGUAGCCACUCACUGAACUUGCACCUCUAGUUUGUUUGGCCGAUUACCGUUGGUGCCUGAAAUGCCUUGUAUUCUGUAUGCCGACUCAGUGUUAGCAGUAAUUGUGGCCUAUAAAUGCCACAGUAAUCAAUAAUAGACCGUGGCGGUAAUUCAGAGGAACUGGCACCUGGCAUGGGACUUGACUUGACUCACGGUUUUCGUGCUUCUAUACUCCAUUUUAGUCUGGAAUGUUUUUUUUUUCUUUCUUUUUUAUCAUUAAGUUUUAUUUUUUUGUUUUUAGAGAAUAUUCACAGUAUAUUUUAUAUAUGAAAAAGUAUUUUUAAAACCACAACCAUCCACAAUAAGGAUUUUAUUCUGUAUUAGUGUCUCAUGACUGCGAAAAUGAGGCUGAGGAAUUUUAAGUUUCACGUUAAACAGAUAAUGGAUUCUAUGCAAAAGUUAUGGUAUGGCUACCAUUUUAGUAGUGGAAACUUACAUUUUAAACAUAUUUCCUAAAUUAAAAUCUGUCUCAUUCUCUUAGCAGAGAAAGGAUUUCAACUUAGUAAAUAUAUUUGAUUCAAAACCUUUUAGCAUCAAAAACAUUUAUUUCCCUUUUGUAAAUAUAACCGUUUUUAGCUAUUAACCCAUUCACUGCCCUGCUUCAGAUUUUGGUUUUUCUGUUUAAAAUUAGCCAUUAUUCCCUUAGUGCCUGUCAGGUUUUUUUUUUCUCUCCUCUUAGAAAUGCCUUAAAUACAACCAAAUAUCAACAAUAUGCUGUUUUUAGAUUUAAUGUUUUUGUUGGACAGGAUGAUUGGAAAUUCGUUUUGUACACGCGAGAGAGCCUGACAUCCAGCCAGACAAUUCCUUAUUUGAAGGCCUGUGUGUGUGUGUGUGUGAUAUAAUGGCAGCCGGGUCUAUGGUGCCAAAGUUGGUUUAUGACCAAUUCAUGAUGACAAAGCUGCUAUCACUUUUAUUUUUAUUUUUUUUAAACAAGUAUUUACAAAUUGGUCUCAUUUUAAAUUUACAUAUUAUAUCACAGACACUUUCUGUUACAUAGCCACUCCAAUUGUAUGUUUUACACACUUCCUCUAACUUGAUACUCUUCUUUUCCUUUUUUUUUUUUUUUUUUUUUUAAACUUUAUUGUACACUAGAAUUUGUUUUUUACGUUCCUGGAACUCUCUCUCUCUCUCUCUCUCUCUGUAUGUCUGUUGUUUGACCAUCAUAGCUUAUUACAUCAUGUACCUGUCCCACAAUGCAAUAUUCCCCCCCAUAAACAAUAAUGUCACAAUAUUUACAUAUCAAUCAAAGAAUAAAAAUUAUACAACUAG